AUGCACUUUCAAAAGUGUGCGGAUAUUGCUCAUUCAUUCCAAUACGAGAACCUAAAUCGAUCAUGUUCUCUUAUGCCUAUCCGAAGCUUCCGUCGGGGUCUAAACGCCCCGAUCAAAUGCGAGCUCUUCAACUAUACUUUCUCUGAUACUGGAGAUGGAAGACACCUCUAUGAGGCACUUUCCUAUGUAUGGCGCAGUGACGGAGAAAGUAGUGACAUAAAAUCUCAGUCAAUCAUAUUGAAUGACUGUACUUUUCCGGUUACAAAAAACCUUUAUGCCGCACUGUUUCACCUCCGAGAUUAUCAACUUGGAAGAACACUAUGGGUUGAUGCAAUCUGUAUUAACCAGCACGAUGGAGAAGAGAAGAAUCAGCAAAUUCCUCUUAUGCGGACAAUAUAUGCACAGGCUAAUUGCGUCAUUGUUUGGCUUGGAGAGGCCAUAGAAGAUGGUAACAAAGCACUUGAAAGUAUUCGCUGCCUUGCAGAAGACAAGGCUAUGAAAGACAGACCCUCCAGUCCCCAGGAAUGGAAUAUAAAUUAUGAUGCGUGCUUGAAGUUGCUGCAGCGAAAUUGGUUUCGCCGUAUUUGGGUGCUUCAAGAAGUUGGUGUCGCGCGAUGUAUUUCCAUUAUGUGUGGCUCUGUCCAGAUAAACGGGCAUGUCUUCUGUGAAGGUCUCAGUAGAUUGGAUCUUACUUCCCCUUUACUAAGACUCGUUCACCCAGUCAUACAUCUCAUACGGGGCGCCAUCUUUCGGCCAAAAUAUGAGCUUGAUUCACGCGGGACCUUUUCCAUAGGUGAAUUGAUCGACAUGUAUCAUUCUCACCAAGCUACCAACCAGCAUGACAAAAUUUAUGCUUUACUAGGCCUCAGUGUUGAUGACCCUAGUACGGGUGCUCUAAAACCAAACUAUGACCUCCCAUGGAACGAGGUCUUUAAACAGACUAUUACAUACAUUCUCUCAAGGAAAUGCUCUGUGGAUACUUGGUCCGGUAGAGAAACAGCAGUUAUCAAGGGCGAGGGAUGGAUUUUAGGUCAGAUUGAAUCCAUUCAAGGAGGCAUUGCUGACUAUGGACAACAACGCAUUAACAUUCUCUUCACCAACACUGCUCAAUCGUUGAGCUUUAAAAAAAUAUGGGGGACUGAAUGGAUACUGCAAGCUUCCGCGACGGCGAUUCAGGAAGGUGAUAUUGUUUGUCUUCUGCAAGGGGCCUCAAAGCCAAGCAUCAUUAGACUAUGCAGAGACUGUUUCAUAAUUGUCAAGGCAAUAGUGAUACCUCAGCAAAGCUGUGAGAAAGGGAGUUGGGAUAAAAAGUUUCAUCACGAAACGCAUUAUGAAGAAAGCCCCACCUAUGUUAUUCUUCUUACCUGGGAAAUACCCCUGGUCCCUGAAUAUCGAGAGGAGCCUCGGGAACACAAAAGACGAUUACAUGAUAUGGCGCUCAUCAUGGAAGAUAUUGUUAAAGGAUUAUUGGAGCUGGGAGGCUCUAAAGGCGGGUCGGUAGAGCGUCUGCUUUCUCAGGGUGGAACAAAAAUACCAAUUACCGAAGGGCUAGUCAAGGCAGCAGCAGAGAACACCAGUCUUGGUGGACAUGAAAUCAUGGAGGUUCUCUUUCAACACCAAGGAGCGAGCCUACCAAUAUCUGAAGAUGUGGUUAAGACAGCAGCAGGGAAUACUGGAUCUUGUGGAUACAAAAUCAUGGAGCUGCUCUUUCAACACCAAGAAACAAGUCUAUUAAUCUCAGAAGAUAUUGCUAAGACCGCCGCAGGGAAUACUGGAUCUUGUGGAUAUCAAAUCAUAGUACUUGUCUUUAAACGCCAAGGGACAAGUCUAUCAAUAUCUGAAGAUGUGGUUAAGGCAGCUGCAGGAAAUACUGGAUCUUGUGGAUACAAAAUCAUGGAGCUGCUCUUUCAACUCCAAGGAACAAGCCUACCAAUAUCUGCAGAGGUGGUCAAGGCAACAGCAGGGAAUACUGGAGACGAUGGAAACGGAGCUGAAAUCAUGAAUCUUCUAUUUAAGCACAGAGGAGCAAGCCUAUCAAUCUCUGAAGAGGUGGUCAAGGCAGCAGCAGGGAAUAGUGCAUAUUAUGGAAUUGGAGCUGAAAUCAUGAAGCUUCUUUUUCAACACCGAGGAGCCAGCUUACCAAUCUCUGAAGAAGUGCUUAAGGCAGUAGCAGGGAAUCCUGGAUCCUGUGGUUAUGAAAUCAUGAAGCUUCUCUUUCAACACCAAAAAGCAAGCCAAUAUAUAUCUGAAGAGGUAGUAAAAAGAGCAACAGAGAACUUUGGACUUAAUAGAUAUCAGAUGAUUAAGCUCCUCUCUCAACACCUACGAACAAGCCUGCCAGACUCUCAGCAAACCAGCGGGUAAAUCACAUCGAGCAACAUUUACUUAUUUGAUAAAUUGCAAGAAUAAUCUAGCUAGAUUUAGCGCUCCCAGACUUUGUUUCCAGUAAUUUGUUUUGUUAUGUUUGAGACUUCAUAUCCAAAAUCCUGUAAA